CCGCGUGAAAUAUAUUUAAAGCUAAAACGGAUAAUAAUAAUAAUAUGAAACUGAACAACAGGCCCACAGUCUUUGUAUUGCGGAACCGAAGCCAUGUGUGUCCGUUUCCUGUCGGGACGGUUUAGCUGGUGCACCAGAUCGGACCGUAGCGACCUGUGACCAGGGUGCGAUCCUCCGGAUGUUUUCCAGCAGUCUCUCCCCUCCUGUACCAUGAAUGAUCAGCCAUGGACCACAUCACCUUUCACCAUGACACUGUGCUGUCAGACGUCCACAUGCUGCAGCCCAAUGCAAGCCACCUCAUGACACGCCUCAACUCUGUUGGACAGCCAGUCUUCCUCACUAAAUUCAGGAUCCUGUCAGAUGGUGAAAAACAGGACAACAGUGACCCAGGCAAGGAGGCGGAGCCAAGUGAUGAACCAAGGGAAGGCGUUGAUAAGGACACUCAAGUCACGUCAAGUCAAGGAACCGAUGAGGAGGAAGAUGGGGCGGGAAAUGUGAAACCAUUUCUAGAUGUGGACGGAGAUCUUGACAUCAAGCACCGACCGAGGAACAACCCCAACGAGGGGGGGGGGCGAGACCUGGUCUGUCCCGUCAUUCUCAAACACUCUGACUCUGUACUGGAAGAGGAAGACGAGACUUCAGAUGAUGAAGGCAUUAUAAAGAUUGAGCACACGAUGGCUACGACCCUCGAGGACGUUGGCAAACAGGUGUGGCUUGGGGCCUUCCUAUUGGCUGACUUCAUCCUCUCUAAGCCGCACAUGUUCAGAGGAGCUACAGUCCUAGAGCUGGGAGCAGGAACAGGCUUGACCAGCAUCGUCAUGGCAACUGUAGCCAAAAUGCUGUACUGCACAGAUGUGGGAGAAGACCUUCUAAGCAUGUGCAGGAAGAAUGUGACCUUAAAUCAACACAUAAUAGAGCCUGCAGGUGGAGAAGUGCGAGUGAGACAGCUGGAUUGGCUCCAAUAUGACCUUUGUACAGACGCUGAUAUGGAAUUCAGGUGGACAGAGGAGGAAGUUGCCGAUUUGUACGACAAAACGAAGAUCAUCAUUGCUGCCGAUGUGUGCUACGAUGACGAUCUGACGGACGGGCUUUUCCGAACUCUGUAUCGACUCUGCAGCAACUUCCGGCAGACCUGCACCAUCUUCAUCUCCUUAGAGAAAAGGAUGAACUUCACCUUGCGACACAUGGAUGUCUCCUGCGACGCCUACAACCAUUUCAGCCACUGUCUGUCCCAGCUGGAGGAGCAGGUGGACGGGCGGUGCAGCUUCACUGUGGAGCAGCUCCCUUCGGACUUUGCACAGUUCCUUCUUUAUGAACGCAUAGAGCAGCUGGAGCUGUGGAAGGUGACCGCCACUCCGCUUCCUGUUGAUGCGCACGCUGUCAAAAGUGCCCCCACUCCCAAAGAUACCGAGCAGAACUCCAGUUAGCAUGUAAAGCAAUGUGUGAUGUAGUCAGCCAAUAGAAAGAGACAGAGAGUUCAGCAGAGUUUUUAAAUGUUUCACUGAUUUGAGCAUAAAUGUAGAAUAAUUUAUUUCUGAUCUUGAUUCAUGCAUUCACAUCCAGCUGUUGUUAAAGCUUUUUAAAGUUGUACAGUGUGUCUAAUUAAAUCUAAUAGAUCUA